UCAUUAUACAGGUACAUUGAUACAGAUAAUAUAUAUAAAACAAUCAUGCUUGUUGAUAAUGGACCAUUAACAAAGAAUGGUGGAGGCGGAGGUGGUGGUAGUCAUGGAGUAGAGAUGGAGAGUACACAUCAACAAUCAACUCCAUUGAUAAGAAAGAGAUCAUCAUAUUAUAAGCUCAGUUCAUUGACUCGAAAAUACCCAUAUGACAACAGCAAGGAUGACGAACUUGAUAAAUGUUUGACACUGAUAGAUAUUGUAUCAUAUGGUAUUGGUGCCACUGUUGGUGCAGGUGUCUUUGUAUCGAUUGGCGUUGCCAUCAAGACUGCUGCCGGACCAGCCACCUUCAUCUCCUACCUCAUCGCAUCGCUCACAUGUCUAAUCUCUGCCUUUUGCUACGCAGAGUUUGCUGCCAAGAUCCCGCUCUCUGGCUCAGCCUACACCUUUGCCUACGUCGCUCUUGGCGAGUUCAUUGGAUGGUUCAUCGGCUGGAACCUCACAUUGGAGUAUGCAGUCAGCGCGUCGGCUGUGGCGCGUGGCUGGGCUGGCUACUUCUCACAGUUCUUCACGGUGUUUAAUACGACUGCACCAGAGUUUGUGACUGGAUAUCAUCUCAACUCGGUGUUUGAUAUUGCUCCAUUGGCGCCAAUCAUUGUGAUCGUGUGUACGAUUGUUCUGGUCUUUGGUGUCAAGGAUUCAGCCAAGUUCAACAUGACCAUCACAACGAUCAACAUUCUCACCAUCCUGUUCUUCAUCAUACUUGGUGCGGUCUACUUUGACAAGGCCAACUUCCAACCCUUCAUGCCGUUUGGUAUGAAUGGCGUGUUCACUGGCUGCUCCAAGGUGUUCUUCAGCUUCGUGGGCUUUGACGCGGUGACCACGUUGUCGGGCGAGGUCAAGAACCCCAAGCGCGACCUCCCACUUGGAAUUGUGAUCACCCUAACAAUCGUAACGACACUCUACUGCUUGGUGUCCAUUGUCCUGGCGGGCAUGAUCAAAUACUCUGCUAUCAGCGAGACAUCACCCCUGUCUGACGCCUUCCUCUCACUGACAGGCUCACAUCCAGCAUUGAAAUGGGCUGCGCUGGCCAUUGUAAUUGGCACUUUGACCUCAUUGACCGCAUCGACAUUAUGCUCAUUGCUGGGACAGCCUAGGAUCUAUCUUCAAAUGGCAAAGGAUGGUCUGAUCUUCUCAAGGUUUGCCAAAGUCAAUAGCAAGACACAGGUACCAAUGUUUGGCACUAUAUUCACUGGAGCGUUUGCAUCACUCCUGGCACUCAUGCUCAGUCUGGAUCAACUAUCAAACAUGAUCAGUAUUGGAACCCUACUGGCAUUCACUGUAGUCUGUGCUGGCGUUGUAAUAUUGCGUUAUAGAAAUCCAGACACUGGAAAGGAACAUCAUCUUAUUCAAUCAUCUUGGCUGUUACUUGUUAUGGUAUUCUUUGCAUGCCUCUUUGGAUGGGCAAGCUCAAGAUCAUGGAACAUUGGAUUCCAAAUCGGGUUUGCCGUUCCCAUCAUUACCAUCAUAGUACUCCUCGCACUGAGGCCACAAGUCAAUGUUCCAACACAAACAUUCAAAACACCUCUUACACCAAUAUUACCAUGUUUGGGCGUAGUUGCCAAUACUUACAUUAUAAUGCACUUGGACGUGGAGUCAUUCUACCGUGUUCUGGUGUGGACAGCCAUUGGCUGUAUCAUCUACUUUGGUUAUGGCAUUAGACAUAGCAAGCUGAAUGACCUUGACAACAAUGUU